AUUCGCCGCAACCAUUGCAAGUGCCAUUUACACCGUUCUCUAUAGUGUUAGUUUAAAGUUUGAUAGUUUUUUUUUGUUUAUCUGUGAAAAUUGUUUAUCAAUUAUCUGAGAUAAUGAUAUAUGUAUAUAAUAAAUACUAAAUCUCGAUUGUUGAUAAAGGAAAACCAUGUCUCUGUUAGAAAAUAACUCAUUUAUUCAAAUAUUGACGACAACUUUCCAUCCGCAUGAUGAAAAAUAUGAAGAAUAUCAUCACAAUGAUGAAAAUAUGUCGAAUGUAUUGAUCGCAAAAGGAAUCACAAUGAUUAUCUUAUGCAUAGUAAGCACUUGCAUGGGUAUUUUACCUAUGCAAAUGGCAAAGUGCUUAAAAUGGAAUAUUUCUAAUACUGAAAAUCCUAGGUCAACAAAAUUAGUAAGCUUUCUUCUUGGAUUCGGUGGUGGUGUUCUUUUUUGCACGAUGUUUCUUCAUUUAUUACCCGAAGUAAAGAAAGGACUAGAACAUCUUACAAAAGAAGGAAAACUUCCAGAAUUUAGUUUUUCCUUAUCUGAAAUGCUUACCUGUACUGGUUUUUUUAUUAUGUAUUUGGUCGAAGAAUCAGUACAUUCAUAUUUGCGGAAGAAAACAGCACACAAAAAAGAAUUUUCAAAGAAAGAUGUUAGUAGGAGUACUAAUGAAUUAAUUGAAAAUGGAGAAACUUUGCCGAAUUUUGUUAGUGGACAUUCACAUUAUAACAGUCAUGGUCAUUCGCAUCAUUUACCAGUCAUAAUAGAUGAGAAACAUGACUUUAUCAUAAGUUCAUUAAGAGGAUUAUUAAUUAUUUUGGGUUUAUCUGUACAUGAAUUAUUUGAAGGACUUGCUAUUGGAUUAGAAAGUUCAGCCUCUUAUGUUUGGUACAUGUUUGCAGCAGUAGCGGCUCAUAAAUUCGUGAUAGCAUUUUGUAUUGGCGUAGAAUUAAUUACUUAUAAUACCAAACGAUAUCUUUCGAUAAUCUACAUUUGCACAUUUGCAAUUGUUUCUCCUCUAGGAAUUGCCAUAGGAAUUUUUCUAGUUGGUGACGAAAAUGCCGCCACCAGUGGCAUAUUACCAGUAUUACUGCAGGGUUUGGCUUCUGGUACUUUAUUGUAUGUAAUAUUUUUCGAAAUUCUUCAAGAGCAUAGAAGUGGACUCAAUCAAUAUUUAUCGAUUCUAUUUGGAUUCAUCUUGAUGUUUGGAUUACAGUUGUUAAUACUUAUAAAAAUGGAGGAAGCAACUACAUCUACUGUUUUAUUAGUAGCAAAGAUAGGUGCAAUGAUUGGUCUUGGUUUUGGUUCUUUGCUUCUGGGAAUGCUACCGCUGAUUGUCGGACGUUACAGAAUGAAUCAUCGUAAAAAACAACAUUGUGGAAUUUUCAGUAAUUCCAGUACUUGUACAUCGACAUCAGUUUCAAACGCUUCAUCCGCUAGUGUCAUCUCUGGAUCUGCAACGAGUUCACAAGGUUUACAAACAUCGUUGCUGCUCUGUUUUGGCGGAGGAGUUCUUCUCUUCACCACAUUCUUACAUCUAGCUCCAGAGGUUCGAAUCAGCGUAGAAAGACAUCAAACAAACAAUCAACUACCUACUCUAGGCACGCUAAGUUUAUCAGAGCUACUAUUUUGCGCCGGAUUUUUUCUCGUCUAUUUCGUUGAGGAGGCAGUACAUGCAGCGCUGACGGGAAAACCCGAUUCAUCGGAAGCGCUGCUAUAUAGAACAGUAUCUGUGCGUAGAUGUAAUAAUCAAACAAGUGCAACAUCAACCACAAUUGGAUCGACCACCACAGUAUCCACCACAAUCAGGUCUACAUGGAAAGAAGAUAACAAUGAUUCAGAAGAUAGCGAAAAUAAUUUAAACAAACGGCAAAACGACUUGGAUGAAUUUCACGAUAGCAAACAAGAGAAAAUGUUACCCACAAUAUUUGUUUUAUCAUCUCCUAUAGGAUUAUCUUCCAUAAAGCAUAGUUCACAAAACAACAUGAAGCACUUUUCUGAUGUAGAAUUGAAUCAUUAUCCCAGAAUGGAACAUCAUGAACAUAAUCAUGUGACUAUAACAAAAAAAACAUCAAUACAAGGACUAUUAACAGUUCUUGCUUUAUCUUUUCACGCAAUUUUCGAAGGUUUAGCUGUAGGUUUAGAACCUUCUAUUAGUUCUGUUAUUUACCUGGCUGCUGCAAUAGCUACUCAUAAAUUAGUGAUUUCAUUUUGUGUUGGUAUGGAGCUUUAUGUUGCUGGUGCUUCUACUAAGACUACUCUUGGAUAUCUAACAAUAUUUUCUAUGGUAACACCAAUUGGUAUUGCCGUUGGAUUAGCCCUUGGUCAUUUUAAAAAUGAUAGUGAGAAUUUAGGACCUACUCCAACAAUACUACAAGGAAUGGCCGCUGGAACAUUGCUGUACGUGGUUUUCUUCGAAGUAUUGGCGCGAGAGAGAGCUAACGAGAAAAGUGGCCUUUUACAAUUAACUGCCAUAAUUAUCGGAUUUAUGCUGAUGUUGGGUUUACAAAUCGCCACCGCGCAUUCUCACUCUCAUUCACAUUCACAUGACGAUCAUGCAUAUAUGCACGAUCAUAAUACCGAACAUCAUCAAGAAAAUGAUCACAAUCACGAGUUGGAUUCCCAUGAACAUAUCUAUUCAAAUGAAAUGAGCGAACGAAUACUCACUGACAAAAUCUAUAAAGUGACAGAAAGUAUUGCAGAUACUAUGAGCAACAUUUUAUCUUCAACGAUAAAAAUUCCAACUGAUAUGUCUUUCCAAACUAAUAAUAACGAAACAGUAUUGCACGAAAAUCGAAGUUAAUAUUCGUUAAUAACAAAAUAUUGAAUACUAAAACUAAAGUAUUUGAUAUUUCUUUAAUGGGAUAAAUGAACCUUGAAAUUUAUCUCAUUUUGCAACGAUGCAUAGUACACGAUAAGAAGAUUAAAAAAGAAAUUUUGAAACGAAGAAAUGAAAAAGAACAGUAUUAUGAAACUUUGGUUUCAAUCUAAAAAAGGAAAACGAUACUCUUAUUAUACGGGUAUUAUAUGCAUAUGUUACCAAUUAUGCAAAUUAUGCAGAUAUUAAAUGGUAAUAUUUACGAAAUAUGGUAAAAAUGUACAUCUAAAACAACAAUAAAAUAUCGCCAUUGUCUUUGAAUGGCCAAAUGUGAUACGAUUCAUAAGUAUAAGUGUUUAAUCGCGUAAUUACUUAAUUUCUUCUUAAUGUAAUAUAAAUGUAAUUUACAUCUGUCUAUCUUAUAUCUAUCUUUUAUAUUAUAACUAUAAUACAAAACUAUUUCUUAAUUCUUUAUAUUAAUAUUGAAAUACGUACAAGUAUGUACAUAUGUGUUUACAUAUAAUGCAUAUUAUUAUAACAUUAUAAUAAAAGUAUAAUAUUGUAAUAAAAUAGAAUAUAUUUUGCUAUUAUCGAUUCUUUAUGUUCAAAAGUAACAGUUUUAAAUUUUAAUUAUUAUAAAUAUUAAAUCAU